AUGGGCGUCAUGAUAGAAAAUGAACAGAAUGAACAAGAGCUGGAAGCAGAAAUAGCCGAUGAAGACGACGGAGAAGGCGAUGACAACAAUGAAGAAGGACACAACGAGCCUGAGUCGGAAGAUGAUGAUGGUCGCCUCCGAACGGAUCUUGGUGGAAACGACGACGAUAGUGAAUUCGACGUAAAAGUGACAACAGUAGAAGAUGAAGAAAUUGAUGCGCAAGAAGAUGAUGAUGAGAUGAUUAUUUAUGCGCGGAGUUUUCGUUUUGGAUACUCGCCAAGUGUGAAUUCUUCUCAAGGAAAUGUUGUGAACAAUGCUCAAGGCAUUGAAGGAUCAAGUGAUGAGGAAGACUGUUUUUCAAUAUUUUCUCUGGGCCGUGAAUAA